CGCGCCCGCGCCCGGCCCGCGCGGCCCCAUGCCUCUGGCGCGGCCCUCGGGGGGGCGAAGGUGAAGACCGGCUCCUAGGAUGAGUGAAGGUGCGGCCGCUGCCUCGCCACCUGGAGCCGCUUCGGCAGCCGCCGCCUCGGCCGAGGAGGGCACCGCGGCGGCUGCGGCGGCGGCAGCGGCGGGCGGGGGCCCGGACGGCGGCGGCGAAGGGGCGGCCGAGCCCCCCCGGGAGUUACGCUGUAGCGACUGCAUCGUGUGGAACCGGCAGCAGACGUGGCUGUGCGUGGUGCCUCUGUUCAUCGGCUUCAUCGGCCUGGGGCUCAGCCUCAUGCUCCUCAAAUGGAUCGUGGUGGGCUCCGUCAAGGAAUACGUGCCCACCGACCUGGUGGACUCCAAGGGGAUGGGCCAGGACCCCUUCUUCCUCUCCAAGCCCAGCUCGUUCCCCAAGGCCAUGGAGACCACCACCACGACCACUUCCACUGCGUCCCCCGCCACCCCCUCCGCCGGCGGCGCCGCCUCUUCCAGGACGCCCAACCGGAUUAGCACCCGCCUGACGACCAUCACGCGGGCGCCCACUCGCUUUCCCGGACACCGGGUGCCCAUCCGGGCCAGCCCGCGCUCCACCACCGCACGAAACACUGCGGCCCCCCCGACGGUCCUGUCCACUACGGCCCCCUUCUUCAGUAGCAGCACGCCGGGCUCCCGACCCCCGGUGCCAGGAACCCCCAGCACCCAGGCAAUGCCCUCCUGGCCCACUGCGGCAUACGCUACCUCCUCCUACCUUCAUGAUUCCACUCCGUCCUGGACCCUGUCUCCCUUUCAGGAUGCGGCCACCCCCUCCUCCUCCUCCUCGUCUUCCUCCUCCUCUGCCACCACCGCGCCAGAAACGAGCACCAGCCCCAAAUUUCAUACAACGACAUAUUCCACUGAGCGUUCUGAGCACUUCAAACCCUGCCGAGACAAGGACCUCGCAUACUGUCUCAAUGAUGGCGAGUGCUUUGUGAUCGAAACCCUGACGGGAUCCCAUAAACAUUGUCGGUGCAAAGAAGGCUACCAGGGAGUCCGUUGUGAUCAAUUUCUGCCGAAAACUGAUUCCAUCUUAUCGGAUCCAACAGACCACUUGGGGAUUGAAUUCAUGGAGAGUGAAGAAGUUUAUCAAAGGCAGGUGCUGUCAAUUUCAUGUAUCAUCUUUGGAAUUGUCAUCGUGGGCAUGUUCUGUGCAGCAUUCUACUUCAAAAGCAAGAAACAAGCUAAACAAAUUCAAGAGCAGCUGAAAGAACCACAAAAUGGUAAAAACUACAGUCUCAAAGCAUCCAGCACAAUGGCAAAGUCAGAGAACUUGGUGAAGAAUCAUGUCCAGCUGCAGAGUUAUUCAAAGGCGGAAAGGCAUCCAGUGACUGCAUUGGAGAAAAUGAUGGAGUCAAGUUUUGCCGGCCCCCAGUCAUUCCCAGAGGUCCCUUCUCCUGACAGAGGAAGCCAAUCUAUCAAACACCACAGGUACAGCAGGAGUCUCUCCUCUUGCUGCAGCCCAGGGCAAAGGAGUGGUAUGCUCCAUAGGAAUGCCUUCAGGAGGACACCCCCCUCGCCCCGAAGUAGGCUGGGUGGCAUCGUGGGACCAGCAUAUCAGCAACUUGAGGAAUCAAGGAUCCCGGACCAGGAUAUGAUACCUUGUCAAGGGAUAGAGGUCAGGAAGACUAUACCCCACCUGCCUAUACAGCUGUGGUGUGUUGAAAGAUCCCUGGACUUCAAGUAUUCGUCCAAUGGUUUAAAAACCCAACAAAAUGCAUCCAUAAAUAUGCAACUGCCUUCAAGAGAGACAAAUUCCUAUUUUAAUAGCUUGGAUCAAAAGGACCUGAUGGGAUAUUCAUCUACAAGGGCCAGUUCCGUGCCCAUCAUCCCUUCAGUGGGUCUAGAGGAAACCUGCAUGCAAAUGCCAGGGAUUUCUGAAGUCAAAAGCAUCAAAUGGUGCAAAAACUCCUACUCUGCUGAUAUUGUCAAUGUGAGUAUUCCAGUCAGCGAUUGUCUUAUAGCAGAACAGCAAGAAGUGAAAAUAUUGCUAGAAACUGUCCAGGAGCAGAUCCGAAUUCUGACUGAUGCCAGGCGGUCAGAAGACUACGAACUGGCCAGCGUAGAAACCGAGGACAGUGCAAGUGAAAACACAGCCUUUCUCCCCCUGAGUCCCACGGCCAAAUCAGAAAGAGAGGCACAAUUUGUCUUAAGAAAUGAAAUACAAAGAGACUCCGCAUUGACCAAGUGACUUGAGAUGGAGGAAUCUGUGCAUUCUAUGCUUUGCUCAACAGGAAAGAGAGGAAAUUAAAUACAAAUUAUUUAUAUGCAUUAAUUUAAGAGCAUCUACUUAGAAGAAACCAAAUAGUCUAUCGCCCUCAUAUCAUACUGUUUUUUAACAAAAUAUUUUUUUAAAGGGAAAGAAACGUUUCAGGAGGGAUAAAGCUUACAACGAAAGCUUUUGGGUAGAAUUCUGAAUACAAUUUCAGUUAGUCCCAACACCGGCCUCGUUGGCUCUUAGUAGAUGUGGGUAAUUCAGACCCUUAGCCCCACAGCACCAGUGUCCUCAUAAAAAAGCAUUGGCAGUUACCUGGUUUCAAAGAGAUGAGCUGUAUCCUGAGGGCGGACGUGCCAGUGAGCAAGUGGCCCUUGCCAUUUGCCUUGCCAGUCCCAACCCCUAAAUUUCUAUUCACUCGACAGCCUCAUCACAGGUUAUGUCCUGUCAACAAAUGUAGUGUUUUCUAUUUCAUUUUUGAAGAAUGGCACAAAAACUCUGUAAGGGGGAGGGUAGGAGAUAGAAGGACUAAUUGGGGGACAAUCUUCGCUACUCUUAUGUGCCAGCUUCCUCUGAAAUUUGAAGGCACAGAAUCUCAGAGGGAGGUGUGAAAUUAUUAUAGAAAAAGAGACGAGAAAAAUCACAAUGUCAUGUCACUAAAAUCAUGCUAAUAGAAAGAAGUGUUUUUCUUUGAGAUUGUUUAGGGUCUCCAAAGGAGCAUUUCUCAGUGUGUGCGUGCCCUUUGUGCGUGUGUGUGUGUGUGUGUGUCUGUGUGUGUGCGUGCACGUGCGCACAGGCGUGUGUCUGUAUGUGCUUGCUCACUUGAGCACAGGUAUGCUGUAUGCACAUGUGUUCAUUGUGUGUAUGUGUGUGCAUGUGUGUGCAUAUUAAGCUUGCUAAAAUUUGUUCUGAAACAUCAGGGAAUUUAAUAUUCAGAAAAGAAAUUUCCCUCUCAGAUCUGUUCACUUUGAAUUUAUACAUUAAGUGUAAAAUUCAGUUAGUAAGUUCUUAAAUCAAGGUCACUUGCAUGGCGGGGUCCUUUAAAACUCUUGACAAUGUCAAGAUCAUUUUCUGGUGUGAAUACUUUUGAGAGGAACAAAAAUUGGCUCAUUAAUGGUAUCAGUAUCACAAGGCAAGUUGAGGAUGUGUGUUUAUUUUGAAUCAUGCGUACUUAAAUUAUUUACACAAGCCAAUUAUCAAACUGAAAGUUACCCUUUGCUUUCUCAUCAUCCUCAUUAUUAUUUAUUUUGUAGCAAGUCUACUAUUUGUGGACCAAGACAUUGGCUUCUGUGGUUAAUAUGGAAAGAAUAAAUUGUUGAAAUCACAAAGCCCAGACUUUUCAGUUCACAGGAAGCCCCCAAAAGAACAGUAAAUUGUGUUGUAUGUUCAUUUGGAAUAAAGCAAUAUUUUUACCACU